AUUAGACACGACCAUGGAUUUCCUGGAGUGCCCGAUCUGCUCAUUCUUGAUGUGUGAACCGGUGACCGUGACGUGCGGUCACUCCUUUUGCCGGAGGUGCGUGGGGGGUUACCUCCCGUCCAAGUGCCCGUCAUGUAAAGAAAGGCUAAAACAAAAAGACGCCAAAAGCGUUAAGAACAACGUUCUGCUGAUCCGAGUCGCUGAGAAGUGCUGCCCCGAUGAGACCAAGCUAACGUGCCACAUCCAGGAGCGGCUGAAAGCCAACGAGUUUACGCAAGCUUUACGCAUCGCAAAUGAGGGGAUAGAACAAGGUAAGAUUGGUAUGAGUUUAAAGGUUUACAGUGUCGAAGCUAAUUUGGGGCUGAUGCGCUUCGCUGAUGCCCUGACUGAUCUUGAUCACCUCUGUUGCCUUCAGCCCACCUGGACUGAGGGUUUCUUUUGUAAAGGGAAUGUACUGCUAGAAAUGGGCCGGAAGACAGAAGCCCUUAUCCAUUUUCACCGCUGCCUAAAACUUCAGGCUGACUUUCUACCUGCAAAGACCCAAAUAAAAAAGAUCCUGGAGGCAGAUGGCGUGGUGGUGCCAGAAGAGGUGCCUCGUAUCUUGCAAGUGGUAUCUGAGUACCUGAGAGGGCCCUGUGCUAUCACCAGCCUCAGCUGUUCUCAGGGGACCGCACAAGCUGAGGGCCUCAAACCCCCGCAGGGCGACGAAGGAGUAGGCAAUGAGAAAAUAGAGGUACACCAGGACUCCAGGGUGAAGCAUGAUACCAGUACUGAAUGCUGCCUCAGUCUCUGCCAAGCUGUUUCUUUCCUACCCACCGCAGAUGAGGAUGAAGAGAUGAUGAUAAAGAAGGAGGAAGGGCACAAUAAGGGUAAAUGCAGACAAGGCGGAGAGAAGUGUCUCAGUGUUCUCACCGUAUCUGACUUUGAGUGCCCCCUCUGCAUCAGGUUGUUUCAUGAGCCUGUCACCACUCCCUGUGGUCACACCUUCUGUAAGAACUGUAUUGAGAGGAGUCUGGACCACAACCUUCGGUGCCCGCUCUGUAAACAGCCUUUGCAAGAGUUCUUCAAAAACAGAAAGUACAGUCCCACGGUGCUACUUCAGGACAUCAUGACCCACCUCUUUUCUUCGCAAUUGGCUGAAAGGAAAGAGGUCCAUGAAGCAGAGAUGGCUGAAUUGUCCAACCUCACCAAGGACAUCCCUAUCUUUGUGUGCACAGUGGCAUACCCUGGAGUGCCCUGCCCGCUGCACAUCUUCGAGCCGCGCUACCGUCUGAUGAUGCGCCGCUGCAUGGAGACCGGCACCAAGAAGUUUGGCAUGUGCAGUUUUGAGCACGGUAAAGGGUUUGCUGACUAUGGCUGUAUUUUGGAGAUUCAUAAUCUGGAGCUGCUGCCUGAUGGGAGAUCCUACGUGGACACAGUUGGGGGCAGCAGGUUCAGGGUGCUGAGGAGAGGUCAAAGAGAUGGAUACCACACUGCUGAUAUAGAAUACCUUGAAGAUCUUAAGGCUGAUGGUGCUGAGUUGGAGAUCUUGCAGCAUCUCCAUGACAGUGUGUACCAGCAGGCCCAAGACUGGUACCAGCGCCUUGGCAGCCGCAUCCGGGAGCAGAUCAAUAGACAGUAUGGAGUGAUGCCUGACCAGGAGGAGAACAUUCAGGCUUCAGCCAAUGGUCCAGCAUGGUGCUGGUGGCUCCUAUCUGUCCUCCAGCUGGAUCCUGCCUACCAAACCACAGUGUUGUCCCUCACCUCACUGAAAGACCGCCUGGGACACCUGCGUCUUGUCCUGGAGUAUUUCUCCCAGAGCUAG